CCCCGGGCCGGGCGCGCGGAGGGCGGUGGAGGCGCGGAGCGGGCGCCGCCGGAGCUGCGGGGAGCGCGCUCGCAGGCUGGCUGGCUCUGCUCGCCGCUGCCGCCGCGCUGCGCUCCGGCCGCUGGGCUGUGGAUGGGGGUUGUCCGGCUGAGCCCCGGGAUCCGCCUCCUUCUGCCAGGACCCACACAGGUGCCGUCGAGGGGACCGACCUUAGCCUGGACCGGACACGCGAACCGAGGCGGGAACGUGGGGGUAGGGAAGGAGGCCCCGGACUCGGGACUCUCGACGGGACGAGCUGGGGGCGCCGGGAUUGGCGAGGGAAAACCCGGAGGCCGUCGCCUUCCUGUCCAGCAGUUUUGGGAGCGCAGCUGGGGCCGGGAGAGGGAAACGGAUUCUGGAAGUUUCCGUUGUGCUGCAAGGAUGGAGGCCCCCCUGGUGAGUCUGGACGAAGAGUUUGAGGACCUUCGGCCCUGCUGCUCCGAGGACCCGGAGGAGAAGCCCCGCUGUCUCUAUGGCUCAUCGCCCCACCAUCUGGAGGACCCCUCCCUCUCUGAGCUGGAGAAUUUCUCUUCUGAAAUUAUCAGCUUCAAGUCCAUGGAGGACCUCGUGAACGAAUUUGAUGAGAAGCUCAAUGUCUGCUUUCGGAAUUACAAUGCCAAGACAGAGAACCUGGCUCCCGUGAAGAACCAGUUACAGAUCCAGGAGGAGGAGGAGACCCUGCAGGAUGAGGAGGUUUGGGACGCGCUGACGGACAAUUACAUCCCUUCACUCUCUGAAGACUGGAGGGACCCAAACAUCGAGGCUCUGAACGGCAACAGUUCUGACACCGAGAUCCAUGAGAAAGAAGAGGAAGAGUUCAACGAGAAGAGCGAGAAUGAUUCCGGGAUCAACGAGGAGCCUCUCCUCACCGCAGACCAGGUAGCUUCGUUUCCCGGCCAGGUGAAUUCUGCAGAAAUGGCUGCUCUGCUCCCCACUGUAAUCGAGGAGAUUGAGGAGAUGAUGCAGAACUCCCCAGAUCCUGAGGAUGAAGAGGAGGCUCUGGAGGAAGAGGAUGGAGGAGAAACCUCAUCCCAGGCAGACUCGGUCCUGCUGCAGGAGAUGCAAGCCUUGACGCAGACUUUCAACAACAACUGGUCCUACGAAGGGCUGCGGCACAUGUCAGGGUCUGAACUGACCGAGCUCCUGGACCAGGUGGAAGGUGCCAUCCGGGACUUCUCGGAGGAGCUGGUGCACCAGCUGGCCCGUCGGGAUGAGCUAGAGUUUGAGAAGGAAGUGAAGAACUCCUUCAUCACGGUGCUUAUUGAGGUUCAGAACAAGCAGAAGGAGCAGCGGGAGCUGAUGAAGAAGAGGCGGAGAGAGAAAGGGCUGAGCCUGCAGAGUAACCGGAUAGAGAAGGGAAACCAGAUGCCUCUCAAGCGUUUCAGCAUGGAAGGCAUCUCCAACAUCCUGCAGAGUGGCAUCCGCCAGACCUUUGGCUCCUCAGGAACCGACAAGCAGUACCUGAACACAGUCAUCCCUUACGAGAAGAAAUCCUCUCCUCCCUCUGUGGAAGACCUGCAGAUGCUGACGAACAUUCUCUUCGCCAUGAAGGAGGAUAAUGAGAAGGUGCCUACUUUGCUAACGGACUACAUUUUAAAAGUGCUCUGUCCCACCUAAACUUGCCUUUGGAGCAGCCUGGCUUCGGGAGGUCACUGAGCAGGAGUCACUCCACCACAGGGACUGCAUGACACCACGUAACCUCCGACGUGUAUUUAAACGUGUAUAGCCUAACCGGGAUUAAACAUGAGCAAUCGCGCGGGAUCCUCUGCUGUUGGCUUCUAGUGCUAGUAAUCAUUGGGUGCAUGAUGGGGGCGCAGGGUGGGCGACAGCCUCCUCUCCACCUGUGUCAGGGAAGGCGCUGUUCUCACCUCUCAUUAUGUAGUCUGGCUCCAGCCCUCAAAAGCUUAUACUCUUCUGACUAAUUUUGAAAUAAACCUUCAUUUAAUUAAUA